GUGAGCAAAAAAAAAAAUAACCAAGGAAAACAAUAAUAACAUUUCAUCAAAAACAAAAAUGGCCGGAGCGCAGAUCACCUGCGAGAAUGAUCCGAAUUUCGGCAUCAUUCUUUCGUUUAUGGAACAGUUUGGGGCGUAUUUGGACAUUGGCGAGCUGAAUAUAGCGGAAUUGAAGUCGAUGCUCGAAAACGGCGAAACUGUUCCACAAGCGUUGGUCGAUCUGCACAUAAAGCUGAUGCGAAAGAUAAACAAAAAAGUACCGGCUGCUCGGUGGGAGCUUGCGUUGGCCAAAUUUGCCCAUUCGUACUCGCACCAGGACGCAUGGGAAAUUGAACGGUUUGGCUACAAAACGGCUAAUCUAGGCGUCAAGCUACGGGUGCUUAAGGCAUUGUUGGAAGGACAGUUUGAUUUGAAUACAAAGUUCAAAACACAAAUUAACACAACCGGCGCCGGUGAGCUACGGCUGGAUCCGUUGGGGCGCGACCGGCAAGGUAACUGCUACUGGUACUUUAUGGACGAUAGUGCGAACCUGCAGAUCUAUCAAUCCGACCCCGAAAUGGAAACCUGGACACUGGUGGCAAGUAAUCGGGACCAGUUUGUCAACAUGAUUGAAAUGCUGAAAGAUAACCGGCCCAUCGAACCACUGGUCCCGGAGAAUGUGGGGGACGACGAGGACGAGGAUAGUGCUGGAAGCAUGAGCGAAGCGGACGCAAUGAAACUUGAUACCUCCAUACCGGCACCAACGGAAGUUCCUCCGAGUUUGAUCAUAUCUCGCCGUACGUACAAAACCCCCGAUCAACUAGACGUAACACUAGGGGUAGAGGACGUAAAGCAGGAGCAUUCUAGUACUACCACAACCAGUGAACCAGUUGAUAAGAACGACGAAGAAAACACUCCGAAACCGCUUCAGCAGGAAGGUAGCAAAGAGCGUAAAGAAGAUGAUGAGAUGAAGACUGAGCCGGACACAGCGCAGGAAACGGAUUUAACGGUGGAAAAAGAUGAGCCUAUGCAACUGACUGAUGAAAAAGAACGUGGUACUUCGGUUCCAAAAGAUACUUCCGAAGCGGUUAAAAUGGAAGUAGAUGAGAUAGUCCCGACGCAAGUUGUCGUUGCACCGAAAGAAGAGACGCAUGACUCAGAAAAGGAUGUGUCCAUGAUAAAGGACGAACAAAAUGAAUCUGACCGAAUGCCAGAUGGCAAUGCAAAGGAAGACUCUGCAGCAGUUCCGAAGCAAUCCGAGACGACGGACUACGAGGUACGGAUGGCAAAAGAACUAACUCCUGUAGAAACACAGCCGAAUACAAAGGAAUCUCGUGAGGAGAAUGAAAAGGAUGUUAACAAAACGGGUAAGACAGCACAGAAGGAGGACGAAGGUGUUGGUGAAGCGAUCGAAGAUCCACCAUUAGUGGUAAAAGGUGAGGGCAGUGGUGCCGACUGUAAUAGCGGAAUUGAGCCAAUGUUUAGUGAGGUCAUCGAGGAAUCGGUGAUGUAUGUGUACGGUGUCGGAGCUGGCCAGGAAAACGAUAUGGGUAAUACGAAGAAGAUCGAGACGGUCGGCGCCAAUGCUAAGGAACGCGAGAAUGAUUGCAGUAUUGCAAAGGCAGGAAACGGUGAAACCGAAUUGUCACAAAACAGGGAAGGAAAUGGUGAUAAUCAGAACGAGGAACUGGACUUAUCGAGAAAAGCGGUGGUACCAACCAAAGAGAAGGAUGCGUUCGAUGAUGUCGAGAAGAAGAAUCACGAUCCACCACCACCACCAGGAAGCAGCAGUGGUGAUGCAGCAUCCGAAGAAGCGGAUGCAGUACUAGCGGAUAAGAAGCAAAGUUCGCGUGGAAAGCGUAACGAACCGAUGGCGAUGUUGUUAGCACCACCGCAAGACAAACCGGUAGAGAAGCGUCGUGGUUCGAGGAAAAGCAAUACGCCUAAAAAGGCAUUCGAUGCGUCCGUGAGGGUAGCGACGGUCCAAAUUAUGGAAACAACUGAGGAGCAGUUAGAAAGCAAAGAAGGAGCUUUCCCAACAGUAGAAACUGUGGUUGAUAAAAGUUUGGCAAAUGUCAACGUCGAUAACAAUGGUGAUCACCACGUGGUUUCUGCCUCGAACGAAGGUGAAUUGAAGGAAGAAAGGAAAAGUCCAGCUAAAGAACUGGAUAGUAAAGAAAGACAGGAAGAGUCAUCCGAUAGUAAGAAAGCGCCAAAAAACACCACAGCGAAGGAUUUAGUGAAAAGUGAACCGGUAAAGGAGGAGGAACAAAAGCCAGAACCGUCACAAGUGGACGAGAAACCACCAAUAGUGCUCAGUAUUGCACCGAAAGGUGAGCCAAGUAAAACGGAAGAAGCUAGCGCAGCAGUUGAUCAAACGAACGUGAAGAAAGAAUCCGAUCAUCCAGAAGAUCCGGAAGGUGAAAGUCCUCCCAAGCGCAAGCGCCGCCAUCGGAAUGGUUUGGUUGAUGGGCUCGACAUUUCAAUGGUGCUGGAUGCCGGUUCCGACGGAGGCAACAAUCCACCCGUCCGUCAAUCGCGACGUAUCGCUAUGCAGAAGAUCAAGGAAGAAACGAAUCGGCGCGAAAUCGAGGAUCAAAUGUUGAAAAAGAUGAAAGCGGAUGCGGUUAAGAAGAAAAAGGAUUUGGGCAUGAAGAUUUCGGACGAUGAUUAUCGAGCAGAACGGACUGAGCAUUCGUCGACCGAGGACGAUAGUUCCUCGGACGGUGGUAUUGGACCGGAUGGGCGUAGAAGAAGGAAGAAGAAAAAGAAGAAAAAGGGAAGCAUUCAUCAGCAGGCCCAACAGUUGCAGCAACAGUUAAACAAGAAGCAAUCCACCUGGAACAGUGCAUCACCGUCGGAAAGCAGUUCCGAGACGGAGGCGGAAGAUUACUUUGCCGAACCGUACCAUUCGGAGGAGGACGUACGGCGUAGCCAGGUGCUGAAGUCGGAUCAUGAGUUUUCACCUGAAUCGGAUCUGGAAACGGAAGCACCGGCACAACCGUUGAAGCGAGCACGAACAGCUCGUAAAGCAAGACGCACGCGUGAUGAAGAGGAGGAGGAGGAAGAAGAGGAAGAGGAGGAUGAUGGGGGUGAGGAUCAUGCGUGUCAGGAGUGUAAAAAGACGGAUCAGCCCGAAUGGAUACUGUUGUGCGAUUCUUGCGAUAAGGGUUACCACUGUGCGUGCCUGAAACCGGUGCUGUUCACCAUCCCCGAGGGUGAUUGGUUCUGUCCGGUGUGUUUGCAUCGGCAGCUGAUCGAGCGGCUCCAAUCGAAGCUGCUGCUGUACGAUGCGCUCCGUGCGAAGCUAGAAGCGGAAGAAAAACGACGUCAGGAAGAGGAACAAUCGGCGCGUGAAGCUGAGCUAGCGGAGCAGGCGUUAGCUAAUGAACGGGAAGAGCAACUGCGAGCCCAGCGACGUGCCCGGCAGCAGCAACGUUUGUUGGACCGUGCCGAUGCAGAAGGACGUCGUCGAACGCGAUCCGGCUCGGAGGAGGAAUCAUCCCGCGAUCGACGACGACGAAGGCAACGACAUCGAAACAGACGGACAGUGCCGAAAAAGCGAUCACGAUCGCGAUCGGGCAGUUCUGAUGGGUUGUUGGGCAGUGAUGAUGGAAGUGGCCGUGGUGUUGGAAGUAGUGACGGAAGUGGUAGUGAUGAUAGCAAAAGCAGUACCGAUUCGGACGAUAUUCCGAUCUAUAAGCUGCGGCGCCGCGCUUCGACAAAGGUGAGCUACAAGUUUAACGAGUACGACAGUCUGAUCGAUUCGGCCAUACGACGAGAAAUGCGCGGCUGCGAGUUGAUGGAGGAAGAGGAAGAGGACGAGGACGAGGAAGGGCACGGAUUUUCCAAGGGUAAGGACAUCAGUACUAUCAUCGAAGCCACUACACGGGAGGAACAGGCACGGAAGAAGGCAUUGGAGAAGGAAGGUGGGAACGAUGGAGGAGAAGAAGAGAAUGGCCGUUUAAAUGGAGAUCGAGAAGGAAUGCAACCUGCCACAGCGAUAGAAGCGGUCGAACGGACGGAGAAGAGUGGUGACGAAGAGGGAGAGGAAGUGGCUGUGCGGCAGGAGCGUAAACCGGCGUCUACCUUUAACCGCUUAUCAGCCAAUAAUGCUAUCGAAAAGAAACGCAAAAAGAAAAAGAAAAAUCUCUGCAAGAUCGAAAUCAGUAGCGAAGAGGAUGACGAUUCGGAUGAAGAUUUCCGCGGUGAUGGGAGCGGUUCCGAAGAGGACGAAGAGGAGGACGAUGAUGAGGAGGAUGACGACGAUGAGAACUCACUGUCGGGUGAGAGUGAAAGUUCGCUCGAUACGGGACGGCGGACGGGUCAUAAAAAUCGACUCCGGAAGCCAAGCCGUCGUGCGGCAGCUAGUAAGCGUCGCCGGAUAGUGGAAAAUUCGGACGAUUCGGACGAGAUCGAGCAGGAAGUGCGACGGGCGAAGGCGAAAAAGGCACGCAAAAAUCGUGUCCUCGAUGAUAGCGACGAAGAGCUUGAGCUGGAUGACGACGAUGACGAGGACAGCGAAGACUACGAUAGUGACGAUCUGUGUAGCGACACAGAGACGGAGAGUAGUCGCAGCAGUAAGAGCAGUAGGAGCGGAAGCACGAGCAGUAGCAGUAGUGCACCAAGCACUGAGGGCGAUUGGCGGCGUAAGAAAAAGUCCAAGGGUACGAAAUCGAAACCGAAAUCGGGAGGAGGAGCAUCAACAGUAUCGUCGACCGGAGGCGGCAAACAUCUGGAACGUCCGAAGAAGGCUGGCAAAGAACCCCGCCCGAAAGGUGUACUUGAAUCGAGCGAUGAGGACGAAAGCGACAGUGAGCGGGAGGGUGGUGGUGGUAAGGGUAGCGGUAAAACGAUGCCCGGUCGUAAGAAGCAAAGUAAAAAGACGACCACACGGUCCAGUCCCGAUGCAGGACGGGCGGGUGAGAAAAAAACGGAUCGUAAAACGCGUGGCAAAAAAAUCCACUACAUCGUCGACGAGGACUUUGAGAGUUCGGAUGAUGGUAUACGGCCGGGUGUACAGCGACCGGACACACCGCCGGAAGAGCGGGAACAGUUUAUCCGGCGACAGGAAGAGAUUAAGCGCAUGCUAGCGGAAAACAAUGCGGCAAAGGCAAAGGAGUUGGCCACGUCCAAGAUCGAUCAGCUGGUCGGUGGUCGUGCAGCUGGAUCGAAGGACCCAUCGAAGGAUUCGCUCUCGGACGUACCGAUGCAGGUGAUAGAAAGUGCCCGCAUACUGGACAUUGAUUUCCUGAAGAGUACGAGCGGCAAUACGGCGCGCAUCUCGACCGUUGACUCCGUGGUCGAUUUUGACGAUGAGCUGCCGGAAGAUUUCGAUCCAGACGACGAAAUGGACGAUGAGGCACUGGCCAAGAUUAUGGAGGAGGAAGACUUUGCACACCAUCAGUUAAAGCCACCGGCGACUGCGUCGACGGCAUCACCAUCAGUCGAUUUGCUGCCGCCAGCAGCACCACCGGCUGUUGCUACGCCCAAAAACCGAAUGAAUCGACCGGUCGAUCCGGAAGAGUUCCUACUUCAUCAGCAGCAGGGGCAGCAGCAAAAGGUGGGCCGUCCACUUGAUGUGUCUUCUGUCGCCCGAAAGGAUCAACUACCCCCGUUGCCUUUACCGGUGAAUCUGGCUUCCUCCUCUUCGGCAGCACCAUCUCACCACCAUCCGCCGGUGCAGAGCCCGAUCAAGGCCUUACUCAAACCGACGGGCAUACCGACGUCCACGAUUAUGUCGGCUUCCGGUGGUGGUGGUAGUACAAUUCUCGCGAACGCACUACAAACUGGUCCUACGUUGCCUCCCCCACCGCUAUUGAAAGAAUCCCAUCCUGGUCGGCCGGAGGUACUCAUGCGAGGUGGACCACCACAUUCACUUCCACCUGGCAGCGGUCCCCAUCAUCACCAUCCCCCCGGUGGACCACCACAUCAUAAGCCGGAGCUGUCGCAUCUGAUGAUGGGACUGGGUGCUGGUGUUCCAUUAUCGUUGGCAAAAGGAAUCCCAUUACCACCGCACCACCAUUCCGGACAUCGUUUACCACCCGGUAGUUUGGGAAUGCCACCGAACAUGCUCGGACACGUUCCACAUCCUUCGCACGGAGCGAAUUUAGGUUUGCACACAAAGUCCGGUCCUCCUGGUUCGGGUGUGUUGAGCAAUAGUGCUGUUGGUAUUGCAGCAGCUGCGAUCGUAUCGGCCGCUACUAGUAUUGGUCCCGGUGCAACCGGACCGGGUAUGGCGCAUACACCUCCUCCAGCAUCACCAACGGCGACGGCAGGUCCCGUACCAAGAAUGCCUAUCGGUGCAACACCUUCACCGGCGGCGACGACACCAAGCUCCGAGCGAAGGCCGGGACGACGGAAGAAGAUUACCCCGCUUCGGGAGGAUCUAAAGCGAAAGGGAGCGGGUGGUGGAACGCAAGAUCAACCGUCGGUUCCUACAGCGGCCCAUCAAGAGCAGCAUCAGAGGCCACCUCCACAGCAUCCCUCGCUGCAUCAUGGUCAUGUGGCACGGUUACCACCACCACCACCGUCUACGAUGCCUUCCGUGUCGACGGCUGGUCCACCGAUCGGGCUGAGGCCAUCGCUACCGCCGGUCACCACCAGCCAUAAUUCAAUUCAACAAAGCGCAUCGGCUAUCGCUGCUGCUGCUGCGGCCGCUGCCGCUGCGGCCGCAGCUCAGGAGUUGGCAAUCAAAGUACAUUCCCGUUCGACCGUGGACGUUGCCGGCGGUGGCAGUGCUGGAAUGCACGUAAACGAACCACCCUUGUCGGUUCCUUCAUCGGUAGCGCAUCUGUCGUAUUUCAGAUCGGAAAAUCCACUCUUUGCGCAUCGUCUCGGUCCCUUGCCUAGCAGUAUUCUUUCAUCCGGCAGCAGCAGCCUGCAGCGGAUUGCGGCCAUCAGCGGUGCCGCACCGCCGACAGUGUUUGGUGAUCCGUCGGCGUACAAUGGCGGCUGGAAGCCUCCACCACCGACAUCAUCAGCAGCGGCCAGUAGCAAGCCGAAAGCAAGCGGUGGUCCACCGUCGGCGCCGCCCGGUAUGAUGGUGGGUCCACCUCCUCCUGUUGGAUCACUGGAACAUUACCAUGAAUAUAAUCCAGGCAACCAUCACUACAACCCGUACUACAAUGUGCUGGAUCGGGCGGGACAUCUGAGACCGCCGCCAACGAUCGGUGAGCUGCAUCGAACCAGUGCCCUGUCGCCCACCACCUUUACCACGCUGCAGCCUCUUGAGUUUUCGCACGUGCUAAAACCGGCCAGUGAAAACCAUCAUCACCAACCACCACCCAGCAGCCAUCAUCCACAUCACCAUCACAGCGCCACCCCAUCACCGGCUGGUUCGUCGACAGGUGCUGGUGGUGACGAUGGUUCGAGUACAGAUCACAGGGCUGGCGCUGGUGGUGCUGCUUCUGCUGGUCCACCACCGUCCUCAUCGUCGUCUUCGGUGGUGUCGGAAAGUCAUCCAACGUCGGUAAGCGCACCAUCUCCGCCAUCUCCUACGAGUGACUCCACGGCAUCCGGUGCCGGUACGGUGGCACCCUCGUUGAUGCCUCCUUCCGCAAAUUCUGGUGCGCCCGGUGCCUCCUCGUCCAGCACGAGUACAAGCGUUUUCGGCGAGCUAGUAAGCUAUUUCAGUUCUCAGCAAGAUGAUUUAGAUUCGUAAUCUAUUUAAAUGACAAAGCACCCGACAAUGGGUCUGCGAGAUGCAAAAGUGUAAUUUUUAAU